CUGUCACUGGUCACAUGACCCGGAAAAUGUGGGGUUUAAUUCCUGUGUUGGACUGCUCCCAGCUGCUAAGCCUCUGCCCUUCGCAGUACAAACCCUCCAUCGCGACCCCCAAGGCGGACUCUCCUCCUCACACCAUGUCGGCAGACCAAGCUUUUGUGACGCUGGCCACAACAGAUAACUACGCCAAAGGAGCGAUGGUUCUCGGUCAGUCGUUACGAAACCACAACACAACCAAGAAGCUGGUCGCUCUCAUAGGGCCGCAUGUUGCAGAACCUUGCAGAGAUGUACUAGGAACCAUUUUUGAUGAGGUGCGUGUGGUGGACGUCUUGGACUCGGGCGAUGUGGCUCAUCUGUCCCUGAUGAAACGUCCGGACCUGGGAGUCACGUUCACAAAACUGCACUGCUGGACCCUCACACACUACAGCAAGUGUGUGUUCAUGGACGCAGACACAAUGGUGCUGUCAAAUAUAGAUGAACUCUUCGAGAGAGAGGAGUUAUCAGCAGCGCCGGAUCCCGGUUGGCCAGAUUGUUUCAACUCCGGGGUGUUUGUCUUCACACCGUCCAAUGAGACGCACGAGAAGCUGAUCACGUUCUGCAGUGAAAACGGCAGCUUCGACGGGGGAGAUCAGGGGGUCCUCAACAGUUACUUUAACACCUGGGCGACGAAAGAUAUUUCCAAACACCUUCCCUUCAUCUACAACCUCAGCAGUAUCUCCAUCUACUCCUACCUGCCAGCUUUCAAACAGUACGGCCAUGACGCCAAGGUGGUACACUUUCUGGGAAAAGUGAAGCCCUGGAGCUACUCCUAUGACAACCAGAGGGGCGAGGUCAGAGGUCACUCCCUGCCCCCUGACCAGUGCCAAAUGCACCCAGACUACCUGCUCCUGUGGUGGCAGCUGUACGCAAAAUCAGUGCAGCCGUUACUGCAGCAUGCCUACGGAGACUCUCUGUUCACGAGUGGCUUCGUGGAGGGCAGCGAGGAGGGAGAGCUUCACCAGGAUGUGAGAGAGCACCCGGCACCUCCACCCCCCCAAAAGCUUUCAUCAGAUGAGAGGAAGCAGCGUUGGGAAGCGGGCCAGAUCGACUACAUGGGUGACGACUCCUUCGCCAACAUCGAACGAAAGCUUGACUCCUUCCUGAAGUAGGAGACCGGGGAUGGAGCACGACGGACAGAGAGUGUGUGUGGGUGAAGAUGUAAGCACUGCUCGGCCAAUCACAGGGGCUCGAAGGGCAGGUGACUGGAUGAAUGCCUGUGUGCAACAUCCAGCCUCACUCUCUGCAUCCUGUCUGUGUGUGUGUGUGUGUGUGUGUGUGUGUGAGAGAGAGCUGAAAUUUGAAGAUUCCCAUGCACUUCCACCAUUCAUUCUUCCCUCAAAAAUAAGUCUGAUAUUUCAGGGAAACAUGCUCAGUCGCUUUCUCGCAGAGAGCUAGAUGAGAAGAUUGAUACCACUCACAUGUGCUAAUUAUUAAAGGUCACCGAUAUGCAAAAUC